AUGGCACUGAUCAGCUCGCUGCAGAGGCCAAGGAAGCCGAGGUGCCCUUCCCACCCAAUGCUUUCCCUCUCUCCCUCCCUCGUCUGCCUCCUCGUCCUCGUCCCUUUCCUCUCCCUGCUGCUCCUCCACCGCUCCGCGUUCCCGUCGUCAUGUUCUCCGCUCCUCGCCCACCUGACUUCGUCAUCCUCCUCGCGCUCCUCGGCGAGCGGCUUCGCCGGCGGCGACCUGCGUGAGAUCGAGUUCUCGUGGAACCACCUGCCGUUCAGGAAUUCCAGGCCACCGCCGGCGAGGCUCAAGAUCGCCGUGUUCUCGCGGAAGUGGCCCGUGGCCUCGGCACCCGGAGGCAUGGAGCGGCACGCGCACACGCUGCACACGGCGCUGGCGGCGCGGGGGCACCGUGUCCACGUGUUCACCUCCCCGCCGCCGCACACCGAGGCCGCGCCACGGCGCUCCCCCGACGGGCCGCAGCUCCACUUCCUCGACGGCGAUCCCGGGGUGUGGCGCUGCGACGAGGCGUGGAAGCUGUACGAGGCCGAGGCCGAGAACGACCCGUUCGACGUCAUACACUCGGAGAGCGUGGCCUUGUUCCACCGCUGGGCGCGCGGCGUGCCCAACCUGGUCGUGUCGUGGCACGGCAUCUCCCUGGAGGCUCUGCACUCGGGGAUAUACCAGGACCUCGCCCGCAGCGACGACGAGCACAUGUCGCCGGCGUUCAACCACAGCCUGGGACAGUCGGUGUACCGGGUGCUGUCCGAGGUGCGCUUCUUCCGGAGCUACGCGCACCACGUGGCCAUCAGCGACGCCACGGGGGAGAUGCUGCGCGACGUGUACCAGAUCCCCAGUCGCCGCGUGCACGUCAUCCUCAACGGAGUGGACGAGGCGCAGUUCGAGCCGGACGCCGCGCUGGGCCACGCCUUCCGGGAGGACCUCGGGCUGCCCAAGGCCGCUGACCUGGUGCUCGGUGUCUCCGGCCGGCUGGUCAAGGACAAGGGCCACCCGCUGCUGUACGAGGCCUUCUCCAAGCUCGUGCUGCGCCACCCCAACGUGUACCUCCUCGUUGCCGGCAAGGGGCCGUGGGAGCAGCGCUACAUGGACCUUGGCCGCAACGCCAAGGUGCUCGGCGCCGUGCCGCCGGAGAAGCUCAAGGCGUUCUACAACGCGCUGGACGUGUUCGUGGACCCGACGCUGCGGCCGCAGGGCCUGGACCUGACGCUCAUGGAGGCCAUGCAGUGCGGCAAGCCGGUGCUCGCCACACGGUUCCCUAGCAUCAAGGGCAGCAUCGUCGUCGACGACGAGUUCGGCUACAUGUUCGCGCCCAACGUGGAGUCGCUGCUCGAGAAGCUGGAGGCCGUGGUGCAAGAGGGCGCCCGCCGCGCCGCGCAGCGCGGCCGCGCCUGCCGCGACUACGCCAAGAACAUGUUCGCCGCCACCAAGAUGGCGCUCGCGUACGAGAGGCUCUUCCUCUGUGUCAAGAACGACAGUUUCUGUGGCUACCCAGCUGAGUUCGAUUAGCUCGUUUUGAUCCGCUUACCAUGUGUUUAUUUCAUUCAAUACUA